GCCCUCUUGUGGACUCUAAUGCAUGUAACGCAUUGAUAUAGAGCGCGUUCGUGUCUUCCACUUAAAAGUUGAAUACUUCCUCAUAUAGUUCGACACUACACAGACACGUCCAAAACUGUCACAGCCAUAUGAGCGAGUGCGCACUGCGCAGAUUAGAGAGAGAGAGAGAGAGAGAGCGAGUGAGAGAGAGAGGGAGAGACUGAAGAAGCAAAUCUGCUUCCUGUAUUACAACUUGGUUCCUUAACUGUUGUUUUAUAGCGGCAGCCGGCAAAGUUCGGAAAGUAUCGGAAAAUGCAAGCAAUAAAGUGCGUGGUGGUCGGAGAUGGAGCUGUGGGAAAGACCUGUCUUCUCAUCAGCUACACUACCAAUGCUUUCCCUGGGGAGUACAUACCCACAGUGUUUGAUAACUACUCAGCAAAUGUUAUGGUGGAUAGCAAACCAGUCAAUCUGGGCCUUUGGGAUACAGCUGGACAGGAAGACUAUGACAGACUGCGGCCACUGUCCUACCCUCAGACGGAUGUGUUUCUCAUCUGUUUCUCUUUGGUGAGCCCAGCAUCGUUUGAAAACGUCAGAGCCAAGUGGUACCCAGAGGUGAGGCACCACUGCCCUUCUACUCCAAUUAUUCUGGUUGGCACCAAGCUCGAUUUGAGAGAUGAGAAGGAGACCAUCGAGAAGCUGAAGGAGAAAAAACUGGCACCAAUCACUUACCCACAGGGUCUCGCAUUGGCCAAAGAAAUAGAUGCAGUAAAAUACCUGGAGUGCUCUGCUCUCACUCAGAGAGGUCUAAAGACAGUGUUUGAUGAGGCCAUUCGUGCUGUUCUCUGCCCACAGCCCACCAAGGUCAAGAAGAAGGGCUGUGUGCUGCUUUAAGGAUACACGAUUCUUCACUGUACAUCAGGUACCAGAGAAAUCCACUGGUUUUCUCCCACAAUCCAACAAGGGAUGCAUUUACAUUACGAAAGCCUUUCUUCUCUUUUUAACUGAAUAUAACUGUUGAAUAUGUCACAGUGAUGACAAUGAAAUAAUAUUGUUGUUGAGAAAAUAUUUAAUCAUGUUUUAACUGAUGUAUUGUGUUAUAUUGUGACUGGUUGUGUUGGAGUGUUUUUGUUUAGUACGCUGUUGUGUAUUGUCUUCUCAAGACAAUAUAAUACAGAUGAUCUUCAUUUCUGGGCCAAAACAAAAGCACAAGUACUUGUUACACAGAGUUGAACUCAGAGGGAUUUUUUUGACCUAUGAAUCACAUCCACGGAGUACUUAUAUCGUUAUUUUAGGCAACAAUGGCAAAAAUAAACUCUACAACUCUGU